UUGCCAUCGGAUUCCCAUACAAACUUUGUAAUUCUAACCGCUUUGCCUACCCGUCAAGAUGUCGUCGAAAACCGGUGUAACGCCUGUUUCGUGGAUGAUCCCAUUAAAGAAACGACGUCACGAGGAGAUCGCGUGUGAUCGUCGGUUGACCUCUCCCCCAGGUCUCGUGACAGCCGAGUGAAUAGAAAAAUGAAACUACAAGGCUCGAUCUAUUCAAUGAAUCUGGACUGUACUCCGACUCUGGUCUGGACUGUGCUCAACUAGAAUUGUUUGAUGCUUCUGAUUGUCCUGAACUUUACCGAUGAAUUCACUCAUCAACAUUUUACUAACUUUGAGUAUUUGGGGUAUCAACAAAGUGCCUGUUUUCUCUAAAGAAAUCUAUGUUUCCCGCCACUAUGGAAACAACUUGACUUUUUGCGGUGAGACGAUUCACCAUGCCUGCAAAACGAUUGGCCUUGCCCUUGCGCAGGCGCAGUGGAACGACACCAUCUACAUCGAUGGCACUGACACGUCACGUGAUCCAUACCCCUGCUUGCCGACGACAUCACAUACAGGUGGACUCUACGUCGACAAAAGCUUGUCUCUGAAGAGAUUUGGCGACGCUGAGGCAUUCCUCAACUGCUCGUCCUCAAGGAAAAUCGUUUUUGAUGGGAGUAACGCGGCAUCCGAGACAGUAAUUAUACAGUUAACGGGGCUCACCUUUUUUAAUAGCUCUGUUACUGCUAGAAAUUGUUCGCUGUAUGUCAACAGAUGUCUCUUCACAAAUGCGAUGCCUAUCCCGAACGCAACUGCUGUAGUCAAUUUUGAGGCUUUCCAGGAACAUUUCUCUUUGACAAUAAAGAACUCCGUUUUCAGUAACAAUGCUUUUUCAUGCAUCUGUGUUGUCGGGAACAGCCCUCGAAUAGAAGUUCACGACACCACGUUCAUCGACAAUAGCGUUACUUGGGAAAGCCUUAAAAGGGUUGAUGUCGCUGUAUUUAUGGUAUUGUUAACAAGACAGCACAAGAAAUAUGGCUUGUCUAUGACAUUAACCAACAUCUCAUUCAUGUAUAACGAGGCGCCCAUGGGAGGAUGUCUUCACAUCCAGACAAUUUAUGUUAAUUCUGCAAACGGGCAAACGGUGAAAGGUCACCAGAAGAAUAGAGGUAGCAUUCAAAAGGACGUGAGCAUUAUUUCUCAGCCGUACUCUACAGAUUAUAUCAGAAAGCAAUCAACAAGGGGCAGCAUUUCAGUGUAUAUUAGUGAAUCAAGGUUUUGUCAUAAUACUGGCGGAGGAGCGAUCACUGUGAACCGAGACGUUAGCAUGGUAAACAUUUCCGUUACAAAGUCUGAUUUCAUCAAUAACAGUGCCUCAUUGGAGGGUGGUGCCAUGCUGGUUGAAAGUUUAGACGAAUUUUUUCUGCAGAUCGAAGACUGCAAAUUUCUUGAAAACAGCGCCAGAGACGAGGGAUCAGCGAUAUACGUGAUAGCGAUUACACUAGAGGCAGGUUCAGUUCUAAUUCGAAAUGCCUUGUUCAUGAGAAAUAUUUUACACAAUCUAGACUUUAUUAAAGAUUUUCCCAUGGGUGGUACUCUGGCAUUAUCUGCACAACAGGGUUACCUAAAAGUUUAUUUGGAAAAUGUUUCAUUUGUGUAUAACAAGGUGGCCAAAGGGAGUUCAACUUUGUACACUGAAGGUUAUUUCUUAGAACUUACGAUUGUUGACUGCACCUUUCAUGCGAAUUCGCAGGAUGAAGGUUUUACAUACGACUGGACAACCAUCAGUAUUGACUCCUAUCAACUCAGUUUCACUCUUAUCGAUACGGUCAUUUCUGAAAAUAAAGCAAAGCCAAGGGCCGAUAAUAACACAUUGGAGGGACAGCCAAUUCAUUUCCAAGUGGUAGGUCUUUAUCUUUCACGGAUGAACAUAAGUGGCUUACACUACAGGAACAACAAUGGUGGAGGAAUUUAUAUUCAGCUGGGCUUAAAUGAAAGAACUAACUCAACUUUUUUCUUACAAGACUCUCACUUUGUAAACAAUGAACUAUUUUCCAUGGAGAUUAAGGCGAAAGCAAACGCCUUUCUGCAGAUAAGACGCGUUUACUUUACUGCAAAUUGGUUUGUAAAUUCUGGUCUCGGUAGCUUGGCCUUGUUUUUCAUCUACACUACAGCACAAGGAAACCAAAUAGCGAUACAAGACACCACUUUUGAGAACAAUACAGUACAAGGUACCAUUUUGUUGUUUAGAUUACCGCCCGAUGAAAGAGAUCUCCGCGCAUGUAAAAUUCCAAAAUGGAAUUACGGAAACCUGAUCCGAUUUAUCAAAGUUGCGUUCCAUAAAAACAACCCGGAUACUUCAGUAAUGAGAUUGGAAAACGGGCACAAUACUCUAAGCAAUUGCCAAUUUGUUGACAAUUUUGCAGCGUAUACAAUUUUUAUUGCAGAGAGUUCCACCAGUCUUGAAUUAGUCAACACGUCUUUUGAGCACACACAAAAUUGGAAAAUGGGCACUUCUCGCCUCCUUUACCCCAAAUUAAUGAUUUCUGCAGGCUUUCGAGGAUUCAUAUAUUAUGCAAGUUCAGGACCCAUAAAUCUGAAAAACGCGACUCUCACAGUCUACACAGCCCAGGACAUUGACGCCUAUGUCAUGGUCACGGGCUCAAGUGCUGCACAUGUUGACAAUUCCUCGGUCAUUCAAUGCCCUGUGGGGACGCUAAGGGGCUGGACAAAGUUCUCCCACCCUCACCUCGUUUCAAAUAAUAAAUGCCCAAACGGGUUAUAUGAGGCUAUGUCGCAGUCCUUUAUCAUCAGUUGUAAGGCAUGUUCCACAGGAUUCUACAGUGUAAAGCCAUUUGCAAAAACGUGUCUGCCUUGCCCGUUUGGUGGAAACUGUUCAAGUGGCAUUGCUGCAAAACCAGAAUUCUGGGGUUUUCCUUUGUUACCAGACCAUGGAUUUAUCAACUUUCAAAAUUGUCCAAUCGGUUAUUGUUGUCCUACUAAAAGCAUCAGCUGUCCUUAUGACAACAAGCAUUAUUUGUCCAGCGGCUGCUCCGGAAACCGUUCUGGGUUCCUCUGUGGUGAAUGUAAGCCCGGUUUUACAGAAACUCUGUUCUCCCCUGAGUGUCGAGCCAACGACUUCUGCACGGACUAUUGGUUCUGGCCCGUUGCGUUGUUAUACAGCUUGGCGUUUGCUUUGUUCCUUCUGUGGAAAAAUCCAAUCAUACGGUUGAUCAAACGACUGUUACCUUGGGGACAGCCAACUCCAGAUGGCCAUCUUGGAUCCGAUCCGUCUUCAAAAGGCGGUGGAUACGUAAAAGUACUUUUCUACUUUUACCAGGUCGCUAAUUUAGUGUUCGUCUCUGAGGGCAUUGAGAUGCAUUUGGCAUACAGUUACUUGCUGACUCCAAUCAUUGGCUGGUUCGACUUUAAAGCAAUCAGUUCAAACGACGGCCUGGUUUGUCCAUUUCGCGGGCUCACAGUGCCUUCAAAGAUAUUCUUGCAUGCCUCUCAGGUCUUCGCCGUGUUAUCAGGUGUCCUGGUCAUUUUUCUCUUGCAUGGGACUGUCAGGAAAUUUCGGAAACAGUCUCCGGCCUUGCCUUCCUCUGGUCAGUACUUUGGAGCUACCACAGAAUGUUUGCUGCUUGGCUAUUCGGCACUAGCGUGCGCAGCACUUAAGACCUUGAACUGCGUGGAAAUCCAGUCAACCUCUCGCUUCUUCUACGAUGGAAACAUCCAUUGUUGGCAAUGGUGGCAAAAAAUGUGUGGAGUUUUUCUGGCUGUUUACAUAAUCCCUUUCAUUUUUGUUUUGUACCUUGGAUCAAGUCUGCUUAACGGCAAAGUCAUGUCUACAAAGCAAUUUUUGUGUGCUUGUGUCUUUCCAUUGCCGUUCGCUGUUCUUUGGAUGGUUACUUGCAAGAAGAGUUCCCUUAACGCAACGGAAACUCAACGUGUUAACGACGAACUAUCACCUUUGCUAACUAGCGAUCGGUCGACCGAAGCCGAGCACGAUUACCAUGAUCUAACGGACGAUGUUGUUUACGGUCCUUUCAGGAAAAGUAGCGGUGGCCAGGGUCCUGGAACCGUGUACUGGGAAAGCGUUUUAAUUGGUCGUCGCUUGGUUCUGAUCUGCCUCCACACUUUCAUCGUGUUUCCUUUCGUUCGGCUGGUUUGCUUGAGUGUCACGUGCGCUGCUAUUCUUGUGCACCAUAUAUGGAAAAAGCCAUUCCAAGACCCACGUGUUAAUCAUGCAGAAACGGCCUCGUUGACUGCCUUGCUUGUUUUGGCGGUCAUCAACAUGGCUGAAGCUGCGCUUGCUAUAAAUGGCGGGCUUCUCUCGGAGCAGGAGCGAGUUUGUAUGACUGUGUUACAUGUCGUUGAAAUCAUCAUUCUGGGAACAGUUCCUGUGAUAUUUCUUGCGGUCAUUUUGAUUUCUGUCGUAUGGCAGUUGAUCAAACUUUGCCAGUUUUGUUUGGCAGCCCUUUUUAAAUAGCUUGAUAAUAAGUCACCAUUAAUGGCAUUUUCGAGAAAGAUCGACAACUGCUAUUAACACCAGUAUAUGCCAAAAGUGUGGUGACACUGAGAAUCUGAGCUAACUAAAAUUACCAAGGGCCUAUGCUCUUGAUGCAGUGCCAUCUACGAUUUAGAACCAAUAUUAGACAUGAUUAGAUAUUAUUUAUAGGAACUGGUAGUUUGAAACUGAGAACUAAGUCUAUUUGUUUUCAAACGUCCUCUAUGCGAACAUAUUUGAGACGUUUUAGUAAAUCUAAACUUGAAGUAUUUUAAGAAACAACUCUAAUGUGGAUUAGACUAGAUCACUGAGAAGCUAAAAGGCCUGUAGCUUCCUACAUAGACGCUGUUUGGGUUCGUUACGAGCUCAAAGAGCGGUCAAAUAGCCCAAAGAGUUUCUGCGUAGGAAAGUAACAGGACUGCACAGAGACUUCAUGGUAUUAAAGAAAAUUUUUUCCAUCGUCUUUUUGCGCUUUCAAUAUGAGUGUAGUAAAAUCCAAAGCCAAAGUAAUAACUCUAGCCAAUCACUAAGCACACAGACACUACAGUCAAUCAAAACUCGAAGUAAUAACAUGUAGCUGACUAAAAGCGCGGGAAAACGAAUGAGUAGUCACAAUUGGUUUUGGUUUUACUUCUGAUUGGAUUAGAAAGUGGCGCGAGUUUUGUCAAGGAGUUAUUUUAUGCUGGUGAUGUAUGCACGCAGAGAAAUCUGAAGUUUGCUUCAUAAUCUCAAUUUCUUAUUAAAACGGCUUUUAAUUGAAAGAUCAAAGUCUACUUUGUUUAACGCCUCAAAUAUGUUAAUGCACGAAAUGACUGUUUUUUUCAGAAAUUCCUCCUUUCUGAUCACUAGGGUGAUUGCAAAGCCUCGCGGGUCAACCAUAUUGCACAAAAGAACAUGGUCACGCGGUGAUACUUCUUUUUCGAUGGAAUAAGCAUAAGGUUUCAUGACAACUCAACAACACAAUCAGAGGUUAACACUUUAUUAUUGACAAACCGACUAAAUGUAUCCUUUAAAUACAUACCGCGGUGCUUAAAUAGUACUUACACGUACAACAGAUCUCAUUAUAUUAACCAUGAGAAAAAUACUGUUUUGGUCUGUGCCUACAAAAAUACUUUCUAAACUACAUCUCUUAAAGUAGAAAAAUAUCUCCGUAGUUAUACAAAAGAUUAGAAACAUCGUUUAACUUAUAAAAAUACGCUACGGAUAUUGUUUUCUAAAAAAAUUAUCUAAGAGAUACUUUUGUAUACACUGAAACUCUCGUGAUAAAGGACGAACAGUAAAAUGUAUUGUAAAUUCUUGUCUGUUCGAUUUGUUUCAGUGGAUUGGGUAGUACAGGUAGUAGAUGAUGUAACGUCAUCGCGUAAUUUACAAGGACAAAUACACAAAUUAUGGUAAACUAAGUGGCUGAUAUAGAAAUUUCGUCUAAUAUUUCGCCGAAAAUGCAAGGACUAUUUUACAUCUUGUCGUACAGAACUGCAUUUCGAUAAAAAUAAUAUCUAUACAAAAUAAUCUAGAAAACUUAAAGAGGGUACUUCUACGCCUUUCACCACGUCUGUCUUUUCCAGAUAUCAUUAACUUGAGCACUGCCUCUUCAUUCUUUGGCCAGUCCAAUUAAUCAUGGAGUUUAAAGACCAUUCAAAAGAGAAUUUAUCGUGAUCCAUAGCACCCUGCCCUUGAAGCAACAUAUUUAGGCGAGAAAACGUUUAGAAGGCAUUCCUCUUCGCCCUGAAAACGUUUAGUUACGAACAGACGUAAAUAUGUACAAAUGGCCAUGUAUUUCACACGCGUAUAUAUAGAAAAAAA